GCAGUGGCGAAGACGCUCACCGCUACUACUCGUGCUCUCCUCCUUCUCUCCAUCUCUCAUGUCAAUCGUCUCUUCCCCCAUUAGAACAGUCGCGAGGCUGUCGAGAGUCUCGAAGAGCAGAUGUCUUCACUCGUCUGCUCCUCGUUUGGCCAUCACCAACCUUGAGAUGCCGGCCAUGUCUCCCACCAUGAACGAAGGUGGCAUCUCGUCUUGGAAAAAGAAGGAGGGAGAUUCAUUUAUUGCUGGAGACGUCCUGCUCGAAAUCGAGACCGACAAGGCCACCAUUGACGUCGAAGCUCCAGAUGAUGGUAUUCUGGGCAAAAUUAUCGUCCAAGACGGCGCGAAGAACAUUCCUGUCGGUCAAGUCAUCGCAAUACUCGCGGAGGAAGGAGAUGACAUCUCGAAUCUUCAAGCACCCGAACCGAAGCAGGCUUCUCAACCACCCAAGCAGGAAGCUGCAUCACCGCCGUCUACUCCCCAACCCAAGCAGGACCCGGAGCCCCGUACAACGCCUACCCCAGGAUCCUCGACCUCGACACAUAAGCACAUUCAACACUCUCGACCAUUGUUCCCGUCUGUCGCUCGUUUGCUUCAGGAGAAUGAUGUAGCGGACAUUGAGGCGAUCAAAGGCACCGGUGUUCGGGGCAUGUUGACCAAGGGGGACGUGCUCGCGUACCUUGGCAAGGCAUCCGGUCCUACUGGCACGUUUAAGCAGAAUACCCAGACGCUUCCUGAACUCAAGCAAGCACCUAAGAAGGUUGAGGAGCAGAAGCCUUUGGAUGGCGCAGCUAUUCGCCGUCUGAUCGUCGGAAACAUGACACAGUCUGCUGCUAAGGCAAAAGCAGCUGCCGCUCCCAAGUUGGUUGCAGACUUCGAUUCCGUCAUCUCCGAUUACCUCCCAUCUACUCCGUCGAGCCCCUCUCGUGCACCUAUACCACCACCUCAACCCAAGGCCACCUCCUCAGACUUCCUAGAUGGCUUGGUCUAGAGAGACCGGCUUGCUCUCUUUCACCUUUGGAUAUAUUGAUUAUCUAUACUCGGGCUUGCGGGUAAUAGACAU